UCUGAAAGUUGUGAAUGCUAUCCCCCAGACUGCCACUCAUAGGUACUGCAUUUCACCGGUGUUGAAGGUAAUUCAGUCGCUAGGAGCAAACACUGAUAUGUACGCUGUGUCAAUAAGGUUGCUGACAGUUUUAUGGAAACUACAGGAUCGUUGUUUUCCUCAUCUUCAAAAGAUGAUAAACCUUGAGAAACAUCAAGAAACUCAGUGCAAACCUUUCGAGUAUAAUGAAGAGUUACUGGCAAAGACAGCAUCCAUCAAAGACAUAUGCAAAACAAGUCAGUUGAGCGUAGCGGUAUUGAUGUACUCUCACAAAAUCACGAUUAUCUCAGCUUCUUUGUGCGAAAUUGCGUAAAUUUCCAAAAACCAUUCCAACAUGGAGCUGAACUUGUGCAUUCAUUGUCAACUAUUCUCAAUAAUUAUCCUGAGGAUCAUCAUGCUAUCCCAGCAAGCUUUGCCUUGAAGGGGCUCUGUGCUUUGUGUGAGGCUGAAGUAGUGGACAUUCGGUCUACUUGGAAUCUGCUGGCACCUAAGCUGCAACAGGAUCAAAGGCCGAUAUUGACCUUGCUGUAAAAGCGGCAAGAGAAGCCUUCAAGCUUGGGUCUCCAUGGCGACGACUUGACGUCAGCAAGCGAGCGGAACUCAUGACCAGACUUGCUGAUCUCUUGAAACAAAACAAGGACUAUCUUGCAGCUUUGGAAACUCUGGACAAUGGUAUGCCAUACUUUGAAUCUGAGAUGUGGGUAGACUCCAUUGUCAGUGUUCUAACCUACUAUGCUGGGUGGUGUGACAAGGUUCAUGGCAAAACUAUUCCUUUAGAUGGAGAUUACUUUUGCUACACGAAACUUGAGCCGGUUGGUGUGUGUGGAGCCAUCAUUCCCUGGAAUUAUCCAAUUGAUAUGCUUGGAUGGAAGCUAGGCCCGGCAAUAGCUUGUGGUAACACGAUAGUAGUCAAACCUGCUGAGCAGACACCCCUGACUGCUUUGUUCAUUGCAUCACUCAUCAAAGAGGCGGGCUUUCCACCUGGUGUCAUCAACAUCAUCCCAGGUUAUGGUCCAACGGCUGGCGCUGGCAUUAGUGAACACAUGGAUAUUGAUAAGGUUGCAUUCACUGGUUCAACCGAGGUCGGCCAUCUCAUCCAGCAAGCAGCAGGCAAGAGCAACCUGAAGCGAGUGUCACUUGAAAUGGGUGGUAAAAGUCCUAAUAUUGUGUUCGCUGAUAGUAAUGUCGACUUUGCGGUGGACGAGGCCCACGAGGCAAUCUUUGGUAACGUAGGACAGUGUUGCUCAGCUGGCUCCCGUACUUUUGUCCAAGAGGGAAUCUACGAUGAGUUCGUCAAGAAAAGUGUGGAGAAAGCAAAGGCAAGAGUCAUUGGAGAUCCGUACAUUGAUGGCACGCAAUCAGGUCCACAGGUAAUUCAUAUUCAACUUGAUAACAUUUACUAUAUAUAUUUUCCAUCAUUUGAAUACAUUGCAUAA